CACGAUAAAAUAGAAAAAAUUCCAUUAAAUACACAAAGAGACAAGCAAGCACCUACCCCACAGCUGGUGAGUUUUCGUGAGUUAUCUUCUCUUCCUUUUCUCUCUCCACGUCCUUAUCUCCAAAUCAGUUUUGUUCAUUGUAUUUCUUAUAUAGGGAAAUGUUUUAGAUAAAGGUUACCAGUUUUUGCCACUAUCUAGCUGAGAAAAGUGAACUGGGUCAAUUAUGGCUGCCAGGAGGAUAUCAUUGUUCCUUUCUCGUUCAUUCACCUCAGCUUCCUCUCCUCUGCUCUCCAAAGGGGUAAAUCCUAUCCGGGUGAGAGGAAUUUCCAGAUACAGUACCGCCACAGCUCUUGAGGAUCCAAUCACUCCUCCUGUCAAAGUGAAUCAUACUCAGCUUUUAAUUGAUGGAAAGUUUGUUGAUUCAGCAUCAGGAAAAACUUUUCCAACCCUGGAUCCCAGGACUGGGGAUGCCAUUGCUCAUGUUGCUGAAGGAGAUGCUGAAGAUAUCAAUAGAGCUGUCACUGCAGCUCGCAAGGCCUUUGAUGAAGGACCAUGGCCAAAAUUGACUGCUUAUGAAAGAUCAAAAGUAUUGUUGCGAUUUGCUGAUUUGAUUGAGAAGCAUAAUGAUGAAAUUGCAGCACUUGAGACUUGGGAUAAUGGGAAGCCAUAUGAACAGGCUGCAAACGUUGAAGUGCCGAUGGUUGUACGUCUAAUGCGGUACUAUGCUGGUUGGGCAGAUAAGAUUCAUGGUCUUACAGCUCCAGCUGAUGGACCGUACCAUGUGCAAACAUUGCACGAACCAAUUGGUGUUGCUGGUCAAAUAAUUCCAUGGAACUUUCCUCUUCUUAUGUUUGCUUGGAAGGUUGGACCUGCCUUGGCAUGUGGCAACACCAUUGUUCUCAAGACAGCAGAGCAGACACCACUUUCUGCUAUUUAUGCAGCCAAGCUACUUCAUGAGGCUGGGCUUCCUGAGGGUGUCAUAAAUGUGGUUUCUGGUUUUGGUCCGACCGCUGGCACAGCUCUAGCUAGUCAUAUGGAAGUGGACAAGCUUGCUUUCACUGGAUCAACUGAUACAGGAAAAAUUGUCCUUGAGUUGGCUGCAAAAAGCAAUCUCAAACCAGUUACUCUGGAGCUUGGAGGGAAAUCCCCUUUUAUUAUAUGUGAGGAUGCUGAUGUAGACAAGGCAGUUGAGCUGGCUCACUUUGCUCUCUUCUUUAAUCAGGGACAAUGCUGCUGUGCUGGCUCCCGUACAUAUGUACAUGAGAAAGUAUAUGAUGAAUUCCUAGAGAAAGCAACGGCACUUGCAAAGAAACGCUCUGUUGGUGACCCAUUCAAGAGUGGCAUUCAACAAGGUCCCCAGAUUGAUACAGAACAGUUUGAGAAGAUACUGAGGUACAUAAGAUCUGGUGUUGAUAGUGGAGCAACCCUUGAGACUGGAGGAGAGAGACUUGGGGCCAAGGGGUACUACAUUCAGCCCACAGUUUUCUCCAAUGUUAAGGAUGACAUGUUGAUUGCCAAAGAGGAAAUAUUCGGUCCAGUUCAGUCCAUCUUGAAAUACAAGAACCUUGAUGAGGUUAUACGGAGGUCAAAUGCAACUCGAUAUGGACUGGCUGCUGGGGUCUUUACACACAACAUAGACACAGCGAAUACCCUCUCACGCGCUCUGAGGGUUGGGACAGUUUGGGUAAAUUGCUUUGAUGUCUUUGAUGCUGCCAUUCCAUUUGGUGGAUACAAGAUGAGUGGACAGGGAAGAGAAAAGGGUAUUUACAGUCUCUCCAAUUACUUGCAAGUCAAGGCUGUUGUCACUCCCUUGAAUAACCCGGCAUGGUUGUAGACCCCCCUUCCAAACUUGUUUUCCUUCUCUUCAAUCCUUGGAUUGCAUGAACAAGUGAGGCAGAAAUGAAGAUGAUGGAGACGAAUAAUCUCGCCUGUUAUUCGGUGUUAAGAAAUAUUAAGGCAAAUCCGUGCUUAAUGAAGAUCUAAUUUUCACUUAUCUUUGUUUUCUAUUCAUGUCUUUCCUGUUUGUUAUUUCUGCUUGUCUGACUGUUGCAAUUUCUCUGUAAGUUGGUUCUCCUGAGAAACUACCUCAAUGGAAUAAGUGUUUUUUUUUUGGGUUUCCCUCCUUUAUGAAGGGAAAAUUGAAUUCAUUGAGAUCCUGUGAUAUCUUACAUUGCC